UUCCCGUUUUACGUCUGAACCCAAGGCACUUCUGGAGGUUGCCCAGAAUAGUUCUGGUUUACGUUUUGUGUCUUUGUAUUAUCCUUAAAAGAGCUCCCGUUCACUGUCAAAAGCGUACCAGGUGAAGAUAAAUGACACUGUCUUCCUAGUUCUAGUCAUUUUGGUUUGAGAUAGCAAUGAGGCUGGAAGGGAAAAGGAGGCGAGCAGGAGAGGGGCGUUAUCGCUAAUGGGUCCCGCGCUCGACUUCCGGUAGCCCUAAGACACUUAUUUCGAAACAUGGCCAUCUGCAAGGAACGGCAUGUAUCGUUUCAAUUAGAGCUGUGCUAACUGAAGUGAGAUUCGUUUUCUAACUUCUCCCGGGGAGACUGAGAAAUUAAGCAAUAAUACUUCCCGAAACCAUCAGGAAGAAAAAUGUCAGUGACACUGCAUACAGAUGUAGGUGAUAUUAAAAUAGAAGUCUUCUGUGAAAGGACACCCAAAACAUGUGAGAAUUUCUUGGCUCUUUGUGCCAGUAAUUACUACAAUGGAUGUAUAUUUCAUAGAAAUAUCAAGGGUUUCAUGGUUCAAACAGGAGAUCCAACAGGUACCGGAAGAGGAGGUAACAGUAUCUGGGGCAAGAAAUUCGAGGAUGAAUAUAGUGAAUAUCUUAAGCACAAUGUUAGAGGUGUUGUAUCUAUGGCUAAUAAUGGCCCAAACACCAAUGGAUCUCAGUUCUUCAUCACCUAUGGCAAGCAGCCACAUUUGGAUAUGAAAUACACAGUAUUUGGAAAGGUAAUAGAUGGUCUAGAGACUCUAGAUGAAUUGGAGAAGUUACCAGUAAAUGAGAAGACAUACCGACCUCUUAAUGAUGUACACAUUAAGGACAUAACUAUUCAUGCCAAUCCAUUUGCACAGUAGCUAUAAUAGAUCUGGAAGAAUAUUUGGCAGACUAUUCAGAGGAACACACCUAUUGUGGUUUACCCAGUUUUAAAUUAUGUCAAGAGACUGCAUCAUCCUUCUGCUUGUUUACAACUAAGAUCUUCUAUGAGUUGGUGGUACCAAAGGGCCCUACACAGCUUUUAUUCCCGUUAUUAGAGCAUAUUCCUUACUAAAACUAGCAUCUAAUGUAUUUCUUUAAGUUUAAUUUUUUUUUAAGCCCUUUUGUUUAUUACAUAUAAACAUUCAUUCUUAAAUGCUGAGCCUCGGGGCACCUGAGUGGCUCAAUCAGUUGAGCGUCCCACUUAUGCUUAGGUCAUGAUCUCGUGGUUGUGAGUCUGAGCCCCACAUCAGGUUUACUGCUGUCAGGUCGGAACCCACUUGGAACCUCUGUCCCUUUCUCUCUGCCCCUCCCCCACUCACACUCUCAUAAAGAAACAUUUAAAAAUAAUUUAAAAAGACACUGAGCAAAAAACAAAUUCUGAGCCUUAAAUUCAAGUAUUUUUGAGCACCCUAGUUACAUAUUCCUGCCAUAUCUAGUCCAUAUCCUGGAAAUAUCCUUGUCCAUUAAUUAUUCACUUUGCAUAGUUAGAAAGGACAAGAUACAGAGAUGGUCUAGAAAAACCAGCCAAUCCAUUUGCUAUUUUCUGGUCUUUAGAAUUACAGUAAAGGCACAGAGAAGUCCUAUAGUACAGCAAACACUCAAUUUCCCAAUUUGCCCAUGGAGCAUUUUUUUUAAGGCCUAUCAUUUACAGUACUGUAGGACAGAAUUCUACAGGUGAUCAUUUUGAAAAUGCGAUUAGUUGGUUAUAAGCACCAGUUGUGGAGUCCUGGAUUGUUUGAAUCACAGCUCUGCCCCCUACUAGUAACUUUAGGCAGGUUAACAUCUCCAAGUUUUCUCAUCCCUAAAUAAUAUUCCCUCAUAAAUCUAUUGCGAGGAUUAAAUGAGAUAAUGUGUAUAAAACUUCUGGCAUGCAGUAAGUAUUCUGUAGAGUAAAUGGAAGCUGCUCUCCUAACAUUUAUCUCGACCAUAGGGCUUUCACUGAAUCAGGCCUUAUCAUUUAUCAGGCUAUCCCAUUGGUUUCAUCAAGAACCAUAUUCCACACCUUGAUUAGGUUUUGGGUAUUCUAAAACUGAUGCCAGGUAUUUAUUGGUUUGUAUCAUUUCUACAAAUAGUUGAUCUAAAUAAUAUUUUCUUUCUUAACUACAGUUUAGAAGUUAGCUUGCAAUACCCUCUUAUUACCAUUUAUACCUUCUACUAAACUGAUGUGCCAAUUAUACUAAUAACCCUCACUUUUUAAAGUAAGCUCUACACCCAACAUGGGCUGACCCUGCAAUCAAGAGUCACAUGCUGUAGGGGCACCUGGGUGGCUCAGUCAGUUAAGUGUCCGACUUCGGCUCAAGUCAUGAUCUCACGGUUCGUAAGUUCGAGCCCCGCAUAGGUCUCUGUGCUGACAGCUCAAAGCAUGGAGCCUGCUUCAGAUUCUGUGUCUCCCUCUCUCUCUCUCUCUCCCCCUUCCCUGUUCAUGCUCUCUCUCUCUCAAAAAUAAACAUUAAAAAAAAUUUUAAGAGUCACAUGCUGUAGCUGCUGAGCCAGCCAGGUACCCCUAAUGCCCUCACAUUUUGAGUCACCCUUUUAUUUUAAUCAUUUAGGUUUCAAGAAUUAAUAUUAAAGCCUCUUUUGGGCCAGAAUUUGGUUUGACAUUUCUUAUACCUGAUAUUUUUCUUCUCCAACUGAAUGUCAUUGAGUUUUUUUGUCCUCACUCUUAAGAGGCUUUUACUGUCAAAAUGUUUUUGUAUUGACUGGUAUUCCCUCAAUUUUUAUUCUAAACUGUUUUUUUUUUUUUUUUUAAGUACCAAUAUGGUGGGUAUUUGGUUCUUAGAUCUCAUUCUUAUAAUGUCUGUAUUAUUUUUUAAUUUUUUAAAUGUUUAUUUUGAGAGAGAGAAUGCUUCGCCCCACAUGUGAGGGGAGGGGCAGAGAGAGAGAGGAGAGAGAGAAUCCUAAGCAGGCUCCACACUGUUAGCUUGGAGCCCAACGCCCGCCUUGAUCUCCACAAACUGUAAGAUUAUCACCUGAGCCAAAAUGAAGAUUUGGAUGCUUAACUAACUUAGCCACCCAGGCGGCAGAAUAAAUAAAUUUUAAUACAUAGAUUUCAACUUUUAAUCAGUUUAGAAAAGUUGAUUAGUUACCAUUUCACUAUUGAAUUUAAAAGAAAACUGAUGGUUCUUUUCAAUUAAAUUUGUACCAAUUGUGGUAGAGGUAGAGAUGGGAACUCAACAUAAUAACUGUAAAGUGCAUCCAGAAUAAUUGAUAAUGGAAAUUUUAAAAAACAAAUUACAAUGAAAAUGUUACUAGCUGCAAACAUCAAAAUGGUGUGGGGGAGGGGCGCCUGGGUGGCUCAGUCAAUUGUCCGAAUUCAUUUCAGGUCACGAUCAUUCAGUUCCUGAGUUCAAGCACCAUCAGUCUCUGCUGUCAGCACGGAGCCCACUUCAGAUCCUCUGUCUCCCUCUCUGCCCUUCCCCCACUUGCUCUCCCUCAAAAAUAAACAUUAGAAUAGUAAUAAUAAAUAAAAUGGUGUGGGGAAUAUAGCUAGAAUAGUAUUUUAGAAAGUAGAGUAUAAGAGUGUAGAGUAGUGUAUACACAGGAGUUUAAUAUAUAAUUAAAGCAAUAUCCAAAAUCAUUAAAGAGUUACUCCAUAAAUUGUGUUAGGAUAACCAGUAAAUUAUAUGCAGAAAAAUAGCAAAAGAAUUUUGCCUCACAUGAUGUACCAAAAUUCCAGAUGGAUAAGUUUCCGGGGUGGCGGGGGUGGGGAGAAACACCUCCAAAGAGGAAUUUCUCAGUUCACAAACAUGACAAAGGUAAAGAUGAAACAGGUUUAAUUAUAUGAAAAUCAAAAACUUUAUUGCAAUUAAAAAGCUUAAAAGAACUGUACAUUCAAAAAAGCAACGAGGUAUAUGAAUGGGCAAGUCACAAGAGAAAAGAGAAAAUGUUCAACUUCACUAAUUAGGGAAUAAAGUUACAAGGUUCCACCAAAAUACCAUUUAUUUUUUUAUGAGACAGAGACUGGGUGGGAGAGAGGGGCCAAGGGAGAGAGAGAAUCUCAAACAAGCUCCAAGCUCAGCUCAGAGCCCAGCUUGGGGCUUGAUCCUAUGACCUGAGCUGAAAUCAGGAGUCAGAUGCUCAACUGCACCACCCAGGUGCCCCUCACCAAAAUACCAUUUUAAAAUCUUUGCACUGUAUUAAUUUGUUAGGGUUGCCAUAACAAAGUACCAGAAACUGGGUAGCUUAAAAUUCUGUUAUAGAGACUAGCAAUUAGGAGGUCAAGGCAUGGGCAGGGUUAUUUACACAAAGGUCUCUCACUUUGGCUUGUGGAUGACCAUCUUCUAUCUUCACAAGAUCCUCCUCAGUGGGUAAUUAUGUCAUAAUCUCUUUAUAAAGACGUCAGUCAUAUUGGAUUAGGGCCCAUCCUAAUGACCUCAUUUUAACCUUAAGUACUUGGGUAAAGGCCCUAUCUACAAAUACAGUCACAAUCUGAGGUAGUAGAGAUUAUGGGGGGGGGGGGGGGGGGGGACAUAGCAUGCCCCAAACAAUCAUAAGCACUAACACACAAAAUAGUUCAUUUCAUAAAUGUAACUUUGGGUAAAUCUCACAUUAGUAACUGGCUAGGUGUGAGAGGGUUUGCUACAUUUAAAACCAUUUUGAAAAAAACACAUUUUAGAAACUAAUUUUGGUAGUAUAUAUAAGAUUUUUUCAAUGUUCAUUUUCUUUCACCCUUAUAAUCUUACUGUAGGGAUUCUAAAUUGCUCUCUGCACAUGCACUGCAACUUUUAUCUGUAAUAGAAUAUAGUUGAUGCCUAUCUUGCAGGUUGUUAGGAUUAAGUGAAAAUGUUAUGUACAGUGCUUGGCACAAUAACUAGCCCACUAUGAUUAGCUAUCAUCCUCCAAAGACCAGGAUUCCCUAGGUUUGUUUAACAUUUAAGUGGGCUAACUGUAUCCUGAACAGCUACAAAUUUCACAAUUUAUUGUGAUUUCUCCCUCUGAAAUAUUUACCUUGUAUUUGGUGAUCUUGGCCCCAAUGUAAAGAUUUAAGUAUUAAUGGUUUUAAAGCAUCUUCAAAUCCAUUAAGAAAAGGGGCUUAAGAAAUGCAAACUACCACAGAUACUUUGGAAAUAUGUAUUCCUCAUCACUUUUUAUCCAUAAUUGUGCAUCUGCAUAGGGCUGGGCAAUAUACGUUGCUCUCCUGUGCAAGUGUGAGCAGUAAAAUUAUGCUUAAUCGU